UUUCCUCCCUUCUUUAUAUAGCAUCUCCCCAAAGGCUUUGUAAAAUGCUAGUGUGUUAUAUAAAACCUGCAGCUUUCUAAUUGUGCUUUUGGCUUUUAUUGUGACCUUUUGAAAUCUUUACAACUCCCACCCCGAGAACUACCCAGCUUUCUUUACUGAAUUGCAAGUGGGAACAAGGAAGUAGGAAUUCAACUUUAUUGUUGUCCAGGUGGCAUUUCCUGUUACUUGUUUAGCUUUAUAGUUUUGGUACAGUAAUUAGUAUAUAGAAAGCUGGAAAGAUGGCUGUAAUUCCAAAAUGAACUCUCUAUAGCUCUCUCCCUCCCACUCUCCCUUUAGUACCGCCCCUUCCAUGCACCCUUUAGCCAGCAGCAAGACAGCUGUGUUUGAUCAUAAACCACUUAAACUCCAGGCUCGCUGGGAAGGGAAACUUCAGCGUGAAGUGCAGCAUUGGCUUGUCUCAGAGACAGCAGCUUUCUUUUCUUUUCCCUUCUCCCUCCCAAACACUGAAGACCACAGCAGCUCUCCUUUUAUUUUCUCUCUGAACUUGAGCAAAGCUUACUAAAUUGUUCCAAGUACAUUAAGCAACGCUAUGAGAUGCCCUUAAAUGGAGUUGCGGAAAAGAGCAGCAUAAAACAUACAGCAGAGGUGAAGCACGACUUGUGGAUGGACUGAGACAGCCCUGGGAUCUAAGCAAGCAGCUUCUUCCUGGGAUUUUCUGAGCCCUCCGUGGUAUUAGUAAAUUACUUAGCAGCCGUGGAUCAUGUGUGAAGAGAAAACUAGUUUGGGUCUUUUAUAAGGUCUUAGAUUGUUAAUGUUAACAGUUAACGUGGAAUAAAAAUGGCUGUCUAGAGCAGAACAUUCAAGACAGAAGAAUAUUGGAGAAGUAUUGAAUGGGUUAAACAAAUCUUCGAAGCAUUAAAACCUGCAGAAAUCAUCAAGCCCUGAGAAGUCUCAUCAUGAAUUCUGGAGUUGCUUUGAAAUAUGGAAAUGACUCUCCUGCAGAGCUGAGUGAGCUUCAUUUAGCAGCCCUGGCAUCAUUAAAGGGAGACAUAGUGGAGCUUAAUAAACGUCUACAACAAACAGAAAGAGAACGUGACCUGCUGGAGAAGAAACUGGCGAAAGCACAGUGUGAGCAAUCCCACCUAAUGAGAGAGCAUGAAGAUGUGCAGGAGCGAACAACGCUACGCUAUGAGGAGCGAAUCACAGAGCUGCACAGUAUCAUUGCUGAAUUAAAUAAGAAGAUUGAUCGACUACAGGGAACAACAAUAAGGGAAGAAGAUGAGUAUUCAGAGCUGCGGUCAGAGCUCAGCCAAAGCCAGCAUGAGGUUAAUGAAGAUUCACGCAGCAUGGACCAGAAUUCUGUUUCAGUACCGGAGAAUCAGUCCACCAUGGUCACUGCAGACAUGGAUAACUGUAGUGACUUGAAUUCAGAACUGCAGAGAGUGCUGACAGGUCUGGAGAAUGUUGUCUGCGGAAGGAAGAAGAGCAGCUGCAGUUUAUCGGUGGCAGAAGUGGACAGACAUAUUGAACAGCUCACGACUGCCAGUGAACACUGUGAUUUAGCCAUUAAGACAGUAGAAGAGAUUGAGGGUGUCCUAGGACGUGACCUUUAUCCGAAUCUGUCUGAAGAGAGAUCUCGAUGGGAAAAGGAACUUGCUGGCUUGCGGGAAGAAAAUGAGAGCCUCACUGCCAUGCUCUGUAGCAAAGAGGAGGAGCUGAAUAGGACCAAGGCCACUAUGAAUGCUGUUCGUGAAGAAAGGGACAGACUGCGCAGAAGGGUUCGGGAACUGCAGACUCGUUUGCAAAGUGUUCAGGCAACAGGCCCAUCCAGCCCAAGUCGUCUCACUUCUGCAAAUCGACCCAUUAACCCCAGCACGGGAGAGCUGAGCACAAGCAGUAGUAGCAAUGACAUUCCCAUAGCCAAGAUUGCUGAAAGAGUAAAGCUGUCAAAGACGAGAUCGGAGUCUUCAUCAUCUGACAGACCUGUCUUGGGAUCAGAAAUCAGCAGCAUAGGGGUGUCUAGUACUGUGGCUGAACAUUUGGCACACUCCCUUCAAGACUGCUCAAACAUCCAGGAAAUCUUCCAGACUCUUUAUUCACAUGGAUCUGCUAUCUCUGAAAGUAAAAUCCGAGAGUUUGAAGUGGAGACAGAGAGAUUAAAUAGCCGUAUUGAGCACCUGAAAUCCCAGAAUGACUUGUUGACAAUAACACUGGAAGAGUGCAAGAGCAAUGCAGAGAGGAUGAGCAUGCUUGUUGGGAAGUAUGAGUCCAAUGCCACAGCCCUCCGGCUUGCAUUGCAGUACAGUGAACAGUGCAUAGAAGCAUAUGAACUGCUGUUGGCAUUGGCAGAAAGUGAGCAAAGUCUCAUUCUUGGGCAAUUCAGAGCUGCAGGAGUUGGUUCUGUUGGUGACCAGACAGGUGACGAAAACAUCACCCAGAUGCUUAAGAGAGCUCACGACUGCAGGAAGACGGCUGAGAAUGCAGCAAAAGCCUUGCUGAUGAAACUGGAUGGGAGCUGCGGAGUAGCCUACGCAGUCACGGGCUGUAGUGUGCAGCCCUGGGAAAGCCUCUCAUCCAACAGCCACACAAGUACUACAAGCUCAACUGCAAGCAGCUGUGAUACGGAGUUUACAAAGGAGGAUGAGCAGCGGCUGAAGGAUUACAUCCAGCAGUUGAAAAAUGACAGAGCAGCGGUGAAACUAACAAUGCUGGAGCUGGAGAGUAUUCACAUUGAUCCCCUUAGUUAUGAUGUUAAACCUCGUGGAGACAGCCAGAGGUUAGACCUAGAAAAUGCAGUCUUGAUGCAGGAACUUAUGGCAAUGAAGGAGGAGAUGGCAGAGCUCAAGGCACAACUCUACCUACUGGAAAAAGAGAAGAAAGCAUUGGAAUUGAAGCUGAGCACUCGAGAGGCCCAGGAACAGGCUUACCUUGUCCACAUUGAGCACUUGAAGUCCGAAGUGGAAGAGCAAAAAGAGCAAAGAAUGAGAUCUCUCAGCUCAACCAGCAGUGGAAGCAAAGAUAAAGUGGGAAAGGAAUGCAGCGAUGGCACUGCAACACCGUUAACACUGGCAGAGCUGAGACCAUACAAUGAAAGUGAACUGACAGCUGAACUUACAAAUGCGCUCAGGCGAGAGAAGAAACUGAAAGGUAGAGUGCAGGAGCUGGUGGGUGCUUUGGAGAGGCUCACAAAAAGCAGUGAAAUCAGACAUCAACAGUCUGCAGAAUUUGUUAAUGACCUGAAAAGGGCAAACAGCAACUUGGUAGCCGCCUAUGAAAAAGCAAAGAAAAAGCAUCAAAAUAAGCUGAAGAAACUGGAAUCGCAAAUGAUGGCCAUGGUGGAGAGACACGAAACGCAAGUCAGGAUGCUCAAACAAAGGAUAGCUUUACUAGAAGAAGAGAACUCCAGGCCACACACAAAUGAAACUUCACUUUAAGUGCGUCUCUUUCAGAGAUCUCGGUGCCAUCAUGGAAUUCUUUAUUUUGGAGGCUGGCUUUUAGGUUGCUUCAGUGCUGAGGUCUGACCUAUCAACAAAGGCACAGUUCAGCACCAUCUCUCAGAUCUCGGCUGUCCAGCCAGGAGUUAUGGGGAUAAUCUAAGCAUUAACUGUUAAUUGACUGUUAAAUAAUGUAAAAUGGCAGUGCCUGAAUUACCGUGCUAUAAUUAUGUACCUUGUCGGUGUCAUUAUGUCUUUACUCAUACAGGUUCUCUUCCAUUUUAUGUCCUAUGGGUGAUAGCAUCACAUAGGAAAAUACUUCAUGUUGAUAGGUUUUAAUUUGGGCAGGUUGGAGGUAAUCUGAGUUUCUCUGAUCCCGAGUCCCUCUGCACACAGCUGUACUCAAGACACACUUAGAUGGUUAAGCCAUCUAAACAGAUGGCUGCAGUUCAGGAAGCUCAUAGGCUUGUUUGCGUUGUGCUCCGCAGUAGCAGUACUGUUAACUAACAGUGCUGAUAAGGUAGGAAAGCUGCUUCUGAUUUGGGGAGGGGAUGAAACGGUAUUUAAAACAAGUUGCAUCUCCUCAGAGGAUGGUUUAUUUCAUAUGAGUCUGUAAGAGGACUAAAGGCAGCAAGUUUUACCAUGUCAGAUAAGUAGUCUUUGCCAAGGUUGGUUCAGACAUUACAAGCCAUCACCUGGUAUUUAUUUACAUUGCAUGGUGUUUAUUUGCAACUGAUUUGUGAAAGUUUUCUUGUCAGCACAUUAUAGCCAGGGUUUUCCAUAAGAGCUUGACAGUCCUUGUCAGCUGUAGAGAUUUCAGUGCGUCCUUCUUUUGUCAUGAGGUAGAAUGGCAUCUUUUAACACUUCUAACCAAAAAGGUACUUAGUAGAAACGUACCUGUUUCAUGUUGAAUACAUAUACACAGAACUAUAAACGUGUAGGUGUGUGGAUGUACAGCCACAAACAGAAUGUGAAUGAGGCCUUCAUAGAGCUUUGUAGGUUAACUUUUGUUACGUUUACUGUUCUUCUGUUUAAGCCAAGUCAUAUUAGUGCAUUAUCAUGUGAAUUAAUUGAGAGAUGUUGGCCUAUUGUGUUAAGUGGAGCAUGGGGAUUGGGUUGAGUUCUUGACAGAGGCAAGAUGGGAGGCUGCCCUCAUUCCCAUUUUAGAUGGAUUCUUAUUUUCUUGACCGAGUACAGGAGACAAUUUCCUUUAUUACAUUUGUUUUUAGUUUGUCCAACAUUAACAUUGUAAGCCUGUUGCUGUUACUCUUGUACUUUGUAUUUCUCAAGCUCAGUUCUCUCCAGUAAAUCAGACUUCAGGAGUUGUCCAUCACUGUUGGUUCAUGCGUUGAGUUGCACCUCACAUUCUAUUAUAUGUGGAAUUACAGAAACUUCCCUCAUUUAGUCCUACAAUUUCUUGUUCAAACAAAGCAUUUCUAUGGUAUUGGUUUUACCUGGUAGUGGCUUAGGCUUACAGCUGUGAGAAUUUGUGACUUAAUCGUUGUUAAGUGUUGAUUUCAACUGAAUCUGAAGCAGUCUGUGUUCAUUACACCUCUGAUUUCAUUACUGGCAUCUCUGUUUAACUUAUUGCCAGAUAUACUUGGCAAACUCUUACGGCAUGCUGGAGGUAAUUUCUAUUCUAUUCUGCUGUGGCUGCCAUUUCCUUCUUUCCUUAGGGUAGUAAAAUAAUUAUUUCGUACUUCUCCAGAGUGUGAUAAGUGAGCAACAAAGGCAGCACCCUGAGUGGUUGAUUGCAGCAGCACAUUAAAACAAUGCUGAUUUCAAAACCAAGCCGUAGGUAGUGAUGCCCCGGGGCUGAGUUAGGUCAGUCCUCUCUGUCAGCUAAUUGUACUUCCUGAUUUAUAAUGCAAAUUGGUAUUUUUGAAACCAGACUAUUGAGGGAAUAAAUACUGCUGCUCGUGUUUUGCUAAAUGUCCUGGAUUUCCUUGGUCAACAAGUUUCUUGUCAGCAGCACUUUUUGUUUUCACCAUGUUGCAGUGGUAGCUGACCACACUUGUGACUGAAGAAUAGAAAGGACACAGAUGAUCAUUUACUACGGCACUUACAGCUUUGUCUUCUUGGAUCUAGAGCACCCAUCUAAAGUCAUCUCAAACUGUCAGAGUGAAGCAAACCUUUCCCUUAAGGUAGCUAGACAGUGCUCUUACAUGGCCUUUCCUCAUGCUGUAUUUUUCUGUUCCUUGGCAGCUGAAGAAUCCAUUAAGUUCAUGUCAUGCAAUAAAGCUUAAAGCAUUUGAACCUGGCUUUAUAGAGAAGAUGUACAAUAGGAAGCAUAGGAAGUUGCAGUGUUCCUUGCAGUCUGUUUUCCUCAGGCCUAGUGAUUUGCUGGUUCUGCACAAGCUGAAUGUUGUUUUAUUACAUUUAUUGUGUAUCUUCCCUACCAACAGCACUCUAAAAGUGUUCUAGAAUGAAUUAUAAAUCAUUAACUGUAUGUAAGCCACAUUACUUUCCUUCCCAUAGGACUCAGAUAGAACAAGAAACAGGAAGUUUUUUGCUCAGAGGGUGGUAGCACACUGGAGCAGAGGGCUGUGGAUGCCCCGUCCCUGGGGUGUUCAGGGCCAGGCUGGAUGUGGCUCUGGGCAGCCUGGUUGAUGUCCCUGCACAUAGCAGGGCAGUUGAAACUGAAACUGGAUGAUCCUUGGGAUCCUUUUCAACCCAGGCCAUUCAUGAUUCUAUGAUACUAUUGGCCUUCUGAGCUGCAGGAGCACACUUCUGGAUCAUGUCCAGUUUUUCAUCUACCAGGACCCCCAGACCCUUCUCCGCAGGUUUAAUUCAAAUGCAUAGGCUAUAUUAUUUGCAAGCUGAAUUUAGACAUCAUAAUUCCAAAGUCAUAGGUAGCUGCUUCACAGUGAGUAGCAGGGGCUGGUCUCUUCUCACUGGUGACAGGUGACAGGAUAGGGGAAAUGGCCUCAAGUUGCACCAGGGUAAGUUUAGGUUGGAUAUCAGGAAACGCUUCUUUACAGAAAGGACUGUUAAGCACUGCAAUAGGCUGCCCAGGGGGUGGUUGAAUCACCAUCCCCGGAUGUGUUUAAAAACAGUUUGGCUGUGGUGCUCGGGGACAUGAUUUAGGGGCAGGUAGUUAGUUAGGGUAGUAUGGUUUGGUUGUGGUUGGACCUGAUGGUCUUUUCCAACCUGAGCAAUUCUAUGAACAGCAGGUUUGUUAACAGACAGCCCCAGCAGCAGCUGUAAUUUGCCACAACAAAAGUUACUUUGCCUAAGCCAUCAGCUACUGCCUGUCAGCAAAAUACAAUAGGCCAACGGGGACACGGUGGAGGGUUUACUGGUACUGUGACAACUGGUAUCUGAAUAAAAUGGCACCAAUCCUGUGACUGAGUGCCAGGAAACAAGCUCCCUUCAUGUACAUAAGGGAACUGGUAGCACACCAGUGUAUGGAUGAGUACUUUAUCACGUUGAGCAGCCUAACAGUUCACCUGACCCUUGUUACCAAAUGCACACCUUAACAAAGCAACAAAAACAGUUUCCCUUGGCAAGAACCACAAAUUUUGUUCACUCAUUAAUUAAUCUUAGGGCGGCUUAUUUUCUAAAUUGCUGGAGUGCAUGAAACUUCUUUCUUUGUACUUCUUUUUCCUAACUAAGCAUAUAAACCUUCACCAGCUUGAAUGUAACUGUUAGCUAUCGCAAAGCACACAUGACUAAAACUGCAUUAAUGUCAGUAUUGUUCUGCUGUUUUUAUUAGGAGUUUCUCAUUUAAAACCUCAUUUAAUUCUGUACCAUACAUUGUAAUUUUAGAAUCCUUUCACCUUGCUGAAUUAGCUUUAAAUGUGUUGCUGGUUUUUAGUCUCCUAGCUGCUGUAAAAUAGCUAUUUUGUGUUCAUUUGAUAUAGAAUUGUAUAAACUGCAUUUAUUUAUACAGAGACAUUUAUAAUACUUAUUUUACAAAUGUUCUUAUAUUCUGAAUAAAUUUCUAAAGCCGUUUCUGUUC